UGUGGAGUGACGUCACAUGUCUGUGCGUAGUGGUGUGUCUGGGUGCCUGAAUGUUGUGGAUGGUUGGGCUCAGAGCGGAGGGGACACCGACGGAAGGAGACGAAGCAAUUUCUUGAAGCAGGGAAAAAAAAAAACUUAUACAAGCCUGUUGUUGGGACCCUUCAUAACAUCCGCAUGGACGUGUCAUUGGGAUACCUGAAAAUUUUGUAAGCAGUGGAAGAAAAAAAAACCCGGAAAGUUCUCUUUCCCCAGAGGAUUCAGCUUGUCUUGUAGGAGGCGGCAGAGCGUUAGACUCCAUUUCGCCGGCUAACAUGGCGGGCGCUCAGGCUGGUGUGAAUACCCUAUGCCGGGAGGCGGUGCCCUUUCAGGGGAACCUCAAAAGGCAGAGCCGCGAGAGGCCGGUGGACGCGCCCAUCAAGAAGCGCGUGAUGGCGGAGAUGAACCUGAAACGCAAGCAUCUGGAGGUGCCCUUCAGAACCCCCAAGAUUAAGAAGGAGCACCUGGAGGAGGAGGAGGAAGCGGAGGAGAAGGCGAAGAAGGAGGGGAAGCGGGAGGAGAGGGAGAGGAGCGAGCGGCGGUGGUCUGAGGAGGCGGACGACAGGAGCGGGAAGCAGUACUCCGGGGGCGGAGCCUUGGACCUGAGCCCGGGGCUCAAGCACACGCUGGCCCAGUUCACGCUCAGCAGCCAGAGCUCUCUGGGGGGCCCCGCCGCCUUCUCGGCCCGCGGGGCCCAGGACCUCAUCGCCCCCCUGCCCUCCCCUCCCGUCCUGGGCGGGGGCCCCCUCCUGGUGCCCUGCGACAGCUCCACGGAGCUCACGCACUCGCUCCUGGAGGGGGAGUCCAUCACCUCCUUCAUGGUGGGCGGGGUGAAGAGGCUGUGCCUGCCGCAGGUGCUCAACUCGGUGCUGCGGCAGUUCUCCCUGCAGCAGAUCAACGCCGUGUGCGACGAGCUGUACGUCUACUGCUCCCGCUGCGACGGCGAGCAGCUGCACAUCCUCAAGGUGCUGGGCAUCCUGCCCUUCAACGCGCCCUCCUGCGGCCUCAUCACACUGACCGACGCCCAGCGCCUCUGCAACGCCCUGCUGCGCCCGGGCGCCGCGCUGCCGCCGCCCCUGGACCCCGGCGGCGGCGGGGGCGGCGGGAAGCUGAGGGAGGGCGAGACCAGCUUUCGGGUGGAGCACCAGUGCCUGGGGAAGUGCCAGGGCGUGUUCGCCACGCAGCUCUACACCCACCCGGACGCGCCCUGCAUCCAGUGCGUGCAGUGCCACCUCCUGUUCGCCCCGCAGCGCUUCGUCAUGCACUCCCACCGGUCGCCCGACAAGCGCACCUGCCACUGGGGCUUCGACUCCGCCCGCUGGGCCCGCUACCUGCACCUGGGCAGGAAGCACCUGGGCUCGCCCCGGGAGGCGGAGCUUAGGCGACUGCUGGAGGAGGUGAAGGAGAAAUUCCACUGCCCGCCGAGGAGGGCGCCUCCGGACAAGAAGGAUGGUGCAGAUGACAGGGCAGUAAAGAAGGUCUCUGAUGUCUGCUCUCAGAAUGAGAAACUCUGUGAAAGCGAGCCAGACCAAAAGGCAAAAUCCCACCCUGCCCUCAUCCUCAAACCCCGGCUCUGCCCGGACAUCAAAGAGGAGGCCGGCCAUGCUACUUCAGUCCUCCACCGCAGCUGCCUCCUGUACAUGUAUGAUAAAGUAGGGACUCCAAACAUUUCUCAGGCCCCACCCUUGGGGAAGGAGGGGGCAGGGCUAGGUAUGGAGGUUCUGGAGGCACUGUACAAACAGCACUACAGUGGGGCGCGAAGGAGGGGGCUGUCCCAGGACCCGGAGGACACGGCAGUGAUGUCAUCCCCUGCAUCUGGCUUGCACACGACAUGUGGCUCUGCAGCAGGUGAGGUGAAACCCCCGCCCUGGCUCGCCGCCAUGGAAACGCCCCAGGGUGAGGACAGCUGCUCUAAGCCUCUGAGGGAGGAGGACAAGGACAGGAUGGUGCUGGAGGUCCUGCAGAUGUACUGCAGGCAGCAGGAGGUGCUACAAUCCACCCUGCAGAAACACAGGCAGCUGGAGAUGGAAUUGGAGGCAAUGCGCAGAGGUGGCCCCACAGUCCAAGGAGAGCUACAAAAGGAAUCGGAGGAAGUGCAUACUGAGCAUGUGCAGGAGAAGGAGGAAGGCACUGGGCAUGCUCAGAAAAAGGAGGAGUGUUCCGAGUCUGGUCAGAAUAAGGAGAAGAGCACCACGGCAGCUCAAAAGAAUAGAGGAGAGCAGACUGAGCAUGGUCAGAAUAAGAAACGCACUGAGCAUGGUCAGAGUAAGGGGGAGGAGCAGACUGAGCAUGCUCAGAGUAAGGGAGAGGAGCAUACUGAGCAUGCUCAGAGUAAGGGAGAGGGGCAUACUGAGCAUGCUCAAAGUAAGGGAGAGGAGGACACUGAGCAUGCUCAGGGUAAGGGGGAGGAGCACACUGAGCAUGCUCAGAGUAAGGGAGAGGAGGACACUGAGCAUUCUCAGAGCAAGGGAGAGGAGCAUACUGAGCAUGUUCAGAGUAAGGGGGAGGAGCACACUGAGCAUGCUCAGAGUAAGGAGCUGGUGCACAUUGAGCGCUGUCAAAGUGAAGGGAAGGAAUGCACUGGGGAUGCUCAGAAUGACAUGGAGGGGAGUACUGAGCAUGCUCAAAAUCAGAAUGAAAGCAAGCUGGACACAGUGGGGAAUCUGAAGCCACAGACGUGCACAUGCAAGCAGAACAUGGAGCAAAGCCAGGAGGCCCACUACACCUCUCAGCUGCUGGAGUUGCGGCGCAGGCUGGAUCAGGCGGAGCAGGACAGGGAGGAGCUGCAGGAGGAGCUGCGCAGGGAAAGGGAGGCACGGGAGAAGCUGGAGCUCAUGAUCUCCCAGCUCAGGCAGCAGAUGUCCCAGUCCGGCGGCUCGGGGGGCCUCCCCGCCGCCGAGACGGCGCCCCACGCCAGCCCCGCCCAGGACUAGGCCUCCCAACCAGGGGACCUCCGACUUCCUGAUGAUCCCCAAACCACACGCCCUCUCGGCUUUCCCAGUUCUGUACAGGACAUUGCUUUCUUCUUCUUUAAACGGACACUUUUUAUCAUUGUUUGUGUUUUUAAAUCAAGAUGAUUAUCUUUUUAUGAGAUCUUGCAAGGAAAAAAAAAAUCUUAUGACUGAUCCAGGGGGUGGGUUGAGGUUUUAACUUUUUUUUAAUUUUUUUGCGAAGGCUGCUGCUUUAUGGGCCACUGGCCACACCCACCCCAUUAAUUCCCACAGCCUGGCCCCAUGGUCCCCCUGACCCCCCUGGUCGCCCCGCUUGUGGUCCCCACUCCUUGCCCCGUGUUACAGCACACCCCAGCAGUCCUGAGGCACUGAGACUUGGACCCCAAAACACUGUGGAUGAACGAUUCCAUACCCGUCCCAGGGGUUGCUUUCGGGUCAGCUGGCUGAUGCCAUCACUGUGGCUGGACAAGUUUGACAAGAGUGUCAGCGAUGCCCCCCCCCCCCCCCCCUCCUUAAAGGAUUCCAUU